AUGUUGAUUGGCAAAAUUUUGAUAUUUUCCCUACUUAUCGGAUUCUUAGAGGCCCAGAUCUGCGAGGUGAAGCGGUUCAGCAGUGUGAAUGGAAAGCGUGUGGAAAGGAAAAUACAAACCUGCUGCAGGGGAUACCGACGAUUGGGAAAGGGGCCAAAGAUUAGAUGUGUGGCCACCUGCCAGCGGCCCUGUGGGAGUGGCACGUGCUCCAAACCAAAUGUUUGCACCUGCAACAGUGGAUACAAAAAUUUCAACAAUGUCCCCUCUAAUCGUUGUGUUCCGGCCUGCAAGGGUGGCUGCAGCAAGGGCACAUGCCAGUCUCCCGGACGGUGCGUCUGCUCCAAGGACCACAUUCUGGACACCGCCAGCGGCAACUGUCUGCCUCAUUGCCCCAGCGGCUGUCCCAACGGCAACUGCGUACUGCCCAACAAGUGCAACUGCAACGAAGGCUACUCGCUGGACGCCACCAGCCAGACAUGCCAUCCCAUCUGCGAUCAGAACUGUGCCUCGGGCAACGGUGUCUGUGCGGCCCCUAAUCACUGCGAGUGCAAGAAAGGCUACUUGCUGGACAAAGAAUCUAAGUCGUUUAUGUGUCGACCAGUGUGCAGCAUGGGCUGCGAUAACGGGGUUUGUCGGGCACCCGAUGUAUGCGAGUGCAAGAGGAACUACCAGAAGGGACCCGAUAGGAACUGCGUGCCCAUCUGCGAUUACGGUUGCAUGAAUGGCAACUGCACGGCGCCGGACGUCUGUGAGUGCCACAAAGGUUACUCCCCCAUCAGCGAGUCGAUCUGCCUACCCGUCUGCAGCGGAGGGUGCCUGAACGGAUUAUGUGAAGCGCCAGAUGUUUGCACGUGCAACCAGGGCUAUAUGAAGCAGGGCAACAUCUGUGCGCCAGUUUGUGAGGGGGGAUGUGAAAAUGGCUUUUGCGAGUCUCCCGGAAAGUGUACCUGCAACGAAGGAUACGCAAACGAGAGUGAGAACAGAUGUGUUCCCAUCUGCGAAGGCGGGUGUGAGAACGGAUUCUGCGAAUCUCCCGGAAGGUGUUCCUGCAACAAAGGAUACGGGAAGGAGAGUGAGAGCAGAUGUGCUCCCAUUUGUGAGGACGGAUGUGAGAACGGAUUCUGCGAGUCUCCCGGAAAGUGUUCCUGCAACGAAGGAUACGCAAUGGAGAGUGAGAACAGAUGUGCUCCCAUUUGUGAGGGCGGAUGUGAGAACGGAUUCUGCGAGUCUCCCGGAAGGUGUUCCUGCAACGAAGGAUACGCAAAGGAGAGUGAGAACAGAUGUGUUCCCAUCUGCGAGGGCGGAUGUGAGAACGGAUUCUGCGAGUCUCCAGGAAGAUGUUCUUGCAAUGAAGGAUACGCAAAGGAGAGUGAGAACAGAUGUGCUCCUAUUUGUGAGGAUGGAUGUGAGAACGGAUUCUGCGAGUCUCCCGGAAAGUGUUCCUGCAACGAAGGAUACGGAGAGGAGAGUGAGAACAGAUGUGCUCCCAUUUGUGAGGGCGGAUGUGAGAACGGAUUCUGCGAGUCUCCCGGAAAUUGUUCCUGCAACGAAGGAUACGCAAUGGAGAGUGAGAACAGAUGUGCUCCUAUUUGUGAGGGCGGAUGUGAGAAUGGAUUCUGCGAGUCUCCCGGAAAGUGUUCCUGCAACGAAGGAUACGCAAUGGAGAGUGAGAACAGAUGUGCUCCCAUCUGCGAGGGCGGAUGUGAGAACGGAUUCUGCGAGUCUCCCGGAAGAUGUUCUUGCAACGAAGGAUACGCAAAGGAGAGUGAGAACAGAUGUGCCCCCAUUUGUGAGGGCGGAUGUAAAAACGGAUUCUGCGAGUCUCCCGGAAAGUGUUCCUGCAACGAAGGAUACACAAAGGAGAGUGAGAACAGAUGUGCUCCUAUUUGUGAGGAUGGAUGUGAGAACGGAUUCUGCGAGUCUCCCGGAAAGUGUUCCUGCAACGAAGGAUACGGAGAGGAGAGUGAGAACAGAUGUGCUCCCAUUUGUGAGGGCGGAUGUGAGAACGGAUUCUGCGAGUCUCCCGGAAAUUGUUCCUGCAACGAAGGAUACGCAAUGGAGAGUGAGAACAGAUGUGCUCCCAUUUGUGAGGCCGGAUGUGAGAAUGGAUUCUGCGAGUCUCCCGGAAAGUGUUCCUGCAACGAAGGAUACGCAAUGGAGAGUGAGAACAGAUGUGCUCCCAUCUGCGAGGGCGGAUGUGAGAACGGAUUCUGCGAGUCUCCCGGAAGAUGUUCUUGCAACGAAGGAUACGCAAAGGAGAGUGAGAACAGAUGUGUUCCCAUCUGCGAGGGCGGAUGUGAGAACGGAUUCUGCGAGUCUCCAGGAAGAUGUUCUUGCAAUGAAGGAUACGCAAAGGAGAGUGAGAACAGAUGUGCUCCUAUUUGUGAGGAUGGAUGUGAGAACGGAUUCUGCGAGUCUCCCGGAAAGUGUUCCUGCAACGAAGGAUACGGAGAGGAGAGUGAGAACAGAUGUGCUCCCAUUUGUGAGGGCGGAUGUGAGAACGGAUUCUGCGAGUCUCCCGGAAAUUGUUCCUGCAACGAAGGAUACGCAAUGGAGAGUGAGAACAGAUGUGCUCCUAUUUGUGAGGGCGGAUGUGAGAAUGGAUUCUGCGAGUCUCCCGGAAAGUGUUCCUGCAACGAAGGAUACGCAAUGGAGAGUGAGAACAGAUGUGCUCCCAUCUGCGAGGGCGGAUGUGAGAACGGAUUCUGCGAGUCUCCCGGAAGAUGUUCUUGCAACGAAGGAUACGCAAAGGAGAGUGAGAACAGAUGUGCCCCCAUUUGUGAGGGCGGAUGUAAAAACGGAUUCUGCGAGUCUCCCGGAAAGUGUUCCUGCAACGAAGGAUACACAAAGGAGAGUGAGAACAGAUGUGCUCCUAUUUGUGAGGAUGGAUGUGAGAACGGAUUCUGCGAGUCUCCCGGAAAGUGUUCCUGCAACGAAGGAUACGCAAAGGAGAGUGAGAACAGAUGUGCUCCCAUUUGUGAGGGCGGAUGUGAGAACGGAUUCUGCGAGUCUCCCGGAAAUUGUUCCUGCAACGAAGGAUACGCAAUGGAGAGUGAGAACAGAUGUGCUCCCAUUUGUGAGGCCGGAUGUGAGAAUGGAUUCUGCGAGUCUCCCGGAAAGUGUUCCUGCAACGAAGGAUACGCAAUGGAGAGUGAGAACAGAUGUGCUCCCAUCUGCGAGGGCGGAUGUGAGAACGGAUUCUGCGAGUCUCCCGGAAGAUGUUCUUGCAACGAAGGAUACGCAAUGGAGAGUGAGAACAGAUGUGCUCCCAUUUGUGAGGACGGAUGUGAGAACGGAUUCUGCGAGUCUCCCGGAAAGUGUUCCUGCAACGAAGGAUACGCAAUGGAGAGUGAGAACAGAUGUGCUCCCAUUUGUGAGGACGGAUGUGAGAACGGAUUCUGCGAGUCUCCCGGAAGGUGUUCCUGCAUCGAAGGAUACGCAAAAGAAAGUGAGAACAGAUGUGCUCCCAUUUGCGAAGGCGGGUGUCAGAACGGAUUCUGCGAGUCUCCCGGAAAGUGUUCCUGCAACGAAGGAUACGCAAUGGAGAGUGCGAACAGAUGUGCUCCCAUUUGUGAGGACGGAUGUGAGAACGGAUUCUGCGAGUCUCCCGGAAGGUGUUCCUGCAUCGAAGGAUACGCAAAAGAAAGUGAGAACAGAUGUGCUCCCAUUUGCGAAGGCGGGUGUCAGAACGGAUUCUGCGAGUCUCCCGGAAAGUGUUCCUGCAACGAAGGAUACGCAAUGGAGAGUGCGAACAGAUGUGCUCCCAUUUGUGAGGACGGAUGUGAGAACGGAUUCUGCGAGUCUCCCGGAAGGUGUUCCUGCAACGAAGGAUACGCAAAGGAGAGUGAGAACAGAUGUGUUCCCAUCUGCGAGGACGGAUGUGAGAACGGAUUCUGCGUGGCGCCUGGGCUGUGCUCGUGUAUCGAAGGAUACAUCAGGAUCAGAGAAGGCACCUGCCAGUCCUAUUGCCCAAAUGGAUGUGUUAAUGGCUCCUGCAUCGCACCCAAUGUUUGUAAUUGCGAGAAUGGUUCUGUCUAUGAGUUCUCGUCAGGGAUGUGUGUCCCUGAGAAGAAUGAUCUCCCUGGCGGCCGAAGCACAGGUCAUCUUGGAUCUGCCACCUCGACUGCUAUCUGGUACGACGAAUCCACGGAUUCAGAGCUUUCCUCCUCGAUACCCGAUCUGUUAUUUUGGUGCGAGAAGUUCUGCUGGAACGGGACGUGCGUUGAGGAGCAGUGUACUUGCGAGCCAAACUACAAGCUUCACAGAGACGAAGGGGACGAUGGACGGCUUCUGUGCCUCCCAAUUUGCGAGACGGAGUGCAUCAACGGGUACUGCCUGUUUCCCGGAAUGUGUGCUUGCUUCGAUGGUGCCGAGCCGGCUGCCGGUUACCUGUGCCAGCAUCCAGACGGAUCGGGCACGGGGGAGCAAUCCUAUGGCCAGAUGAGCGGCAAAAACCGAUUGAAAUGGCUGUUCAUUGCGAUCGGGAUCGUUGCGGUGGUUUUGUCCAUUGUCAUUGCGUUUCUGAUGUGUUAUAUCUACAAGAAGCGUAGCUAUCGAGUGGACAAGAACGAAAAACAAUUUGGAGUGUACUUUUCUGCAAAUAAGGUAGAUGUCAUUCGAGCUUAAUCUUUAAUUUUAAGAUCACACAAUUCUCUCAAUAUUAAAUAAAGUUUAUAGUAUGAAUGA